UCGGCUGGACCCAGUUCUGACCAGCUCUACACAGGAAUGCCGGGCUGCAGUCUGCGCGCUAUCCUAGCCCCUUUACUGCGCUGCCUUGAUUUAUAGGGAUCAUUUUAGCGGGAUUAUAUCCGCAAGACCACCUGUCGUUGGUGAAACAAAAAGCGUGGACUUUCUCUCGCUCUCUCUCUCUCUUUCUCGGCUGGAGCAGAGGGGUACUUGGGUUUUAUCUGUGGAGCCAAAGCUUCAGAAAUGAAACCGUCACUCAGAUUCAGCAUCUGACAGCGUGAAGGAUUAAUGAGACAAUCGAGGAUCGAUGCAUUGAAGGGCUCAGUAAACAGGCUCCACCUUACCUGAACUUAACCUGUGCGAAAAUGAGGCCAGGUAAAAUGGUCAGCCACACCACUCUGUGGCUCACGUCAGUGGCUUUGUGCAUGCUGGGUCACUGUGGGACAAAUUCGACCCAGAACAGAUCGCAGCAUCCAGACUGGAAAACAGACCAUUCUGAAGCAAGCUUGGUAGCUCACCGUCGUAUCAGGCGUGGCUGGGUCUGGAAUCAGUUCUUCAUUGUGGAGGAGUACACUGGAACUGAGCCACUCUAUGUUGGAAAGAUACACUCAGAUUCAGACAAAGGUGAUGGCUCCAUAAAAUACACCAUAUCAGGAGAAGGUGCUGGGACGGUUUUCAUUAUUGAUGAAAUUACUGGGGAUAUCCACGCCACAGAACGCCUGGAUCGUGAAAAGAAGACCUACUACACUCUCCGUGCUCAGGCCCGUGACAAACUGACUGACAGGCCCCUGGAACCAGAAUCGGAAUUUAUUAUCAAGGUCCAGGAUAUUAAUGACAGUGAACCCAAGUUCCUCGAUGGACCGUAUGUUGGCAGUGUCCCUGAGUUGUCACCUGUAGGGACAUCGGUGAUGCAGGUGACUGCUUCAGAUGCGGAUGAUCCAACAUAUGGAAGCAGUGCAAGGUUGUUAUACAGUCUAGUGGAGGACCAGGACCAAUUCACAGUGGAUCUCAAGACUGGAGUGAUCCGAACUGCCGUCGCCAACCUGGACCGUGAGAAAAAGGAUCAUUAUGUUUUGGUAAUCCAAGCGAAAGACAUGGCAGGGCAGCUGGGUGGAUUGUCUGGAUCAACUACUGUAACCAUCACCAUCACAGACAUCAAUGAUAACCCUCCGCGAUUCAACCAGAAGUUGUACCAGCUAAGCAUGCUGGAGUCGGCUGCCAUCGGAACGACAGUGGGCAGGGUGAAGGCUGAGGACGUUGACCUGGGACAAAACUCUGAGAUGACCUACAUGGUCAAAGAGGAAGAGAGCUCUGAUAGGUUCAGUGUCAUCACAGACCCAGAAGCACAGGAAGGGAUUAUCAUUCUCAAGAAGCCAUUGGACUUUGAAACCCAGAGAACACAUAGUCUGCUGCUGGAAGCAGUGAAUAAAUACAUUGACCCCCAGUUUGAGAACCUCAGAUCCUUCAAGGACUGGACUAGUGUCAGGGUGACGGUUAAAGACAUUGAUGAGCCACCUGUAUUCACCUCGCAAACAAACGUGAUAGAUGUUCCAGAAGAUACCCCGGUUGGAAGUGUCAUUGGCUCCAUCACUGCACGUGAUCCUGACUUAACCAACAGCCCCAUCAGGUACUCUAUCGACCGUAACACUGACUUGGAGAGAAUAUUUAAUGUGGAUGCAAACACUGGACAGAUCACAAUUGUCAAAAGAUUGGAUCGGGAAACUGCAGGAUGGCACAAUAUCACCGUGAUAGCAAUGGAGACAGAAAACCACGCGCAAGUGAGCAAGGCCUCCUUCGGUGUCAGGAUCCUGGAUGUCAAUGACAACGCUCCAGAACUUUCUAUGCCAUUCGAAGCUGCUAUCUGUGAAGAUGCCAAACCGGGUCAGCUGGUGCACACGGUCAGUGUGGUGGACAAAGACGAGCCAAAGGGCGGGCAUCACUUUUACUUCACGCUGGCUCCAGAGGCAGCCGACAGUCGCCACUUCACCCUCUGGGAUAUCAAAGAAAAUACAGCCGGAAUUCUAACCCACAGGAAUGGGUUUAACCGUCAAGAGCAAGACAUCUAUUUUCUCCCAAUUCUUGUGGUUGACAGUGGGCCACCAGCCUUGAGCAGUACAGGAACCCUCACUGUUCGGGUGUGUGGGUGUGACAGCGAUGGGACCAUCCAGUCUUGCAGUGCUACCGCUUAUGUUGUAUCUACUGUUCUGAGUCCCGGGGCGCUUAUAGCUCUGCUGGUUUGCAUUCUUAUACUCAUAGUACUUGUCCUCCUCAUCUUGACGCUGAAGAGACACCGAAAGGGACACAUGGUCUCCGAGGAUGAAGAAGAUAUGCGGGAUAAUGUAAUUAAGUACAACGAUGAAGGAGGAGGGGAGGAGGACACUGAGGCUUAUGACAUGACAACGCUGCGAAGCCUGUAUGAUUUCACAGAAGUCAAAACAGAAAGUAUGACCCCCGAACUUCAUUUGCUGCCCCAGUGGUUUCAAAAUCCAGAUGCGGAUUUCUCCAUUUUCAGGAGUUUUGUCUGUAAAAAGCUUGAAGAAGCUGAUGCCGAUCUCUCUGUUCCUCCAUAUGACUCUUUUCAAACAUAUGCGUAUGAAGGCGCGUGUUCAGUGGCGCAGUCUCUCAGCUCCAUCAACUCUCUGUCUUCUGACUCAGACCAGGACUAUAACUACCUCAGUGACUGGGGACCUCGGUUUAGACAGCUUGCUGGACUUUACUCAGGAAAUGAGGCAGAUGAUGGAUCCUAGCAUCUGGCAGCCUAACUCCCAGUUCUUUUGGCUCUCCUGGAAAAAUAGUACAAUCAUUCCCAACAAAAUACCACAGCUUAAAUCUUAAAAGCUGGCGCUUGAUCAAUUAGGGAAGUCAAAUAAAAAAGGUUCUUGUUUAAAACAAUGUUCCAUAUCUGGAAAUUAGCCAUCCCUUUCAGUUACUAUGGUUAAGCAUUGACAAUAAAGUAGUGAUUGUUCCCACAAUCUUCUGGCAAUGCUCCCAGUGAAGCAAUCAUGACAAAUCUCACUCUUUUGAAACAUUAGCAAGGUUAGCAGCCACAGUGAAGUUAACAAUUUAGUACUAUGUGAUUGUACAAAUUUUUGUAACAGACCAACACACAUCUGGGCAAGAAGUGACAUUGCUGUUUACAACUUGCCAUGAAAAUCAAUAGUGUGUGGUGGGGAGGUGCAUCUCCAGUUUUUGAAAUUUUAUUUCUUAUAUUGGAUGAUUGAAAAAUAAUUUUGAAAAAAUUCUUACAAAAUGACAAUGGUUUGUAUCUCUUAGAAAAGCAGAAAUGGACUACCGAAUAGCUCAAAAACAUUGCAUCAUAAAUUGGCAGUGUCAAAUCUAAUUCAUGACAAUCACCCAUGAAGAUCACAAGUGGUGAUCAAAAAGUGGCCGAGUCUUGGAAUUCGUGGACUUGAUUAGUACACAGAGUGGAAGCAAUUCCAGCUACACAGCAAUGUGUUGGAAAAGUAUUCACUAAAACCAGUACGGAAAGAAAAGAUUGUGUGUUUUAUUGCCUUUGAGGGGGGAGAAAUUAAAUACUGAGGAUAUAUUCAGGAGGGAAACACUUCCAGUGUAUAGCCUUUCUUGGUUACUUUAUUUUAUUUAGUGUACAGCACAGAAUAGGCCCUUCCAACCCUUCAGGCCAUGCUACCUGAGCAACUCCAGAACCCCAAUUAAACCGAACCUAAACAUGGGACAAAAUAUAAUGACCAAUUAGCUUAUCCGGUACAUCUUUGGACUGUGGGAGGAAACCGGAUCAUCUGGGGAAAACUCAUGCACUCCAUGGGGCGUCUCCUUACAGAAUGACGGAAUUGAACUCUGAACUCCAGAAUGCCCCGAGCUGUAAUAGCGUCGCAUUAACCGCUACACUAUCAUGGUGCCCUAUUAUCAGGUUGACAGAUCUGCCCUGAUGUUUAUAAAUUGAAACGGAGAAUCCUGCUAGUUUGAGUUUGGAAGGAAUUCAUUUCUUCUUAAUUUGCAUUGAGCACACAUUGUCCCACUGUAAACAAUCUUCAAUACUGGUUGAAGGGUAUUGUCAGUAGAAAUAUAACUCAUAAUGAUAGGAAAGAGGUAAUCCAGGACAACAGGCUGGACCAUAUUUUCUCCAUGACUUAGACUCCUGAUGCUUUGUUUCUAAACCAGGAUUGCAUCAUUGCUCAAUCUGUUUUCCCACAAAUACAGCAAUAACUGCAGCUGUAUCUACAAGAUGUGAAGGUCAUUCUUUUUUAUUGCCAAGUGAAUGAGUCAACUUAUGUUUUUAUUGCCUGGGGUUUGGAGAUUGUUACUAGAGACUUGAGCAUCAUGUUCUGUGAUUCUACCACUGUAUCCUUGUGAUAACAGCAAUCCCGCGUUUCGGUAAAAAUCUCAAAAAAAGAAGUGAAUAACUUUUGAAUUUGUACAGGUUGUUUCGAUACCUGUUUUUUUUUCAUCGCUGCACCCACGGUGAGCUUCAUUUCAUAUGUGCAUUUUUGGAGCUUCAGGUCCUGAGUAACUGUUGUGGCAUUUGGAUAGAUGGAACUUCUGAUCACCAUGACAUAGCUUCAUCAUUUUGGACUCUCAGAUAUAUUUGUUGUUGUUUCUUUUUCCACUGUGGAAACGCAUAGAUGCAAGGAAUCAGUAUAUUUGGCACAAUCAUCUUCACUUCCAGGACACCAACAGAGGGACAGAAGGACGAGGUGACAACAGGCUGGAUCUGAGUUCCAACAUUUUUAGCAUCCCUCAUUCUCAACCUUAAUGCAACUUGAAGGUUUCCAUUCCAGCCAGUUCUUCAGUGCUACCAAUCCCAUCAAUUCUUGACAAGGCGGUCAUCCUAAAUCAAUCCCUUCCUUCCAGGACCUUGGCAUAUCCAAAGCUUACUGUCAAUAGCUCAUGAUGUUGCACCCUGUAAGAUCCUUGAACUAAAUAAAAUUUCCAUAUAAUCGUUUGAGUCAAAAGAAAUCAUAGUGGUGUUGAACAGAGUCAGACUUUCCCCAGUUAGGAGGCGAUGCAGACACAGCUACCAUCCUUCAAAAUGAAUGUCUGAUGUUAAGAGAAAGAAAUAAACUGAGCAAUUCUGACAGCUUUGGCCCCAGACCACGAAGCAUGACUUUUUAUAUUGAAAGUCGCUGUCAUAAGGUCUAGUAUCUGAAAUGCAAAUAUCAGUGUCAGCUUUUCUUUUGCUGUAAACUAUGACAGAAUUGGUAAUUUUUUUACACUCCCCCAGUAAAGUGGUGAAAGGUAAUUAUUUCUGGUGCUAUGC